CUAUUGUUUGACAGUCAAACUCGGUCGGGCGAGUCGGCUGGUAGUUGUAGAUUGUACUGUGCGUUAUUAAUUUUUAUAACUUCGAAAUAUUAUUGUCGCAUAAAAGAUAAAUCUGUGUUUCUCAAAUAUACAUGUAAAAUCGCCGUACAGAGUUAUUAGCGUUCUGCUACUUGCUUAAAUUGCUGUAACGCAAAGUUUAGGAAAUCCUCACAAUGCCGCAUUGUUUUUAAUUUUGUUAAAAUGGUGAAAGAUGGACGUAGUUCUCGUUUUGUGUCUAUUUAGCGUGUCGCUUUAUAACGGAUAUGAGAGAAAAGCUUUCUAGUUCCGGAGCAAUAAUAUUUUUAUCACUUGCUUGAAUCCAUAUGAAAACAUGGCUAGUGAUGAAUCCAGUGUUCGAGUGGCUGUGAGAAUCAGACCACAGACAUCAGCCGAGGUUCUAGAAGGAUGUGGCAUCUGUGCGAGAGCAGGAGACGCUGCGGGGGAAGGUGGAGUCGCUCUCGGCUCAGAGAGGGCUUUCACCUUCGACUAUGCCUUCGAACCUUUGGUGGGCCAGCAGGAGAUUUAUGACACAUGUGUCAGAAAGCUCGUGGAAUCGGCCCUCGAUGGAUACAACGCAACUGUGCUUGCAUAUGGACAGACUGGCUCCGGAAAGACAUACACAAUGGGAAGUGGCUGGGAGGGGGAGGGUGACCUUGACGAGGACAAAAGAGGCAUAAUUCCUCGAGCAAUCCGUGACCUGUUCACUGGGGCUGAAGAGAGGGCAGAAGCUGCCCGCGCGCAGGGUCAACUUCCUCCCGAGUUUUCGGUCCAAGCGCAGUUCAUUGAGCUUUACAAUGAAGAUAUUGUGGACUUGUUAGACCCCGCGAAGGAUCCUUAUGCGAAGGGUAAUUUAAAAAUAACAGAAGAUGGUUGCGGUGGAGUAAGGAUAAUUGGAGCGUCCAUUCGAGCUGUCAGAGGCGCCAAAGAAGCCCUAGGAGCACUCCGUGCCGGUGCGUUAGCCCGCACCACAGCAGCAACGAACAUGAAUUCGUCAUCAUCAAGAUCUCAUGCGGUUUUCACACUUCUCCUAAGACAGAGAAGACUGGCAGAUCACGAAGGUGUGAAAGAGAUGGAGACAGAUGCCGAUGCUCCCGAGCAGUAUGAGACGUUGACCGCUAAGUUCCAUUUCGUGGAUCUAGCUGGUUCAGAACGAUUGAAAAGGACAGGAGCUACAGGAGAACGGGCCCGUGAAGGUAUAUCAAUAAACUGCGGUCUUCUGGCGCUAGGGAACGUCAUAUCAGCAUUGGGAGACAAGUCCCGCAAAGUGAUGCAUGUUCCAUAUCGGGACUCUAAACUGACAAGACUUCUGCAGGAUUCUCUUGGAGGUAAUAGCAACACAGUUAUGAUAGCGUGCGUAUCACCCAGCGACCGCGACUUUAUGGAGACGUUGAAUACGUUAAAAUACGCGAACAGAGCCAGGAACAUAAAGAACAGAUGUGUGGUCAACCAGGACCUGACUUCGAGGACCAUACACCAACUGCGGCAAGAAGUUGCCAGGCUGCAAUUGGAGCUGACUGAAUAUAAACAGGGCAAACGCAUCAUAUCAGAAAACGGUGAAGAAGGCUGGAGUGACGUAGUUCAAGAGAAUGCGAUUUUGCAUAACGAAAUUGAAUCUCUACGACGAAGACUGCAUGCCCUGCAGGGGACGGUAGACAAGCUGUCUGCUAGAAAUAGUGAACUCUUGGCUGAAAAGGCCUUGGGAGCUUGGGGACCGAAAGAGGGCAACCCUGACGCGUCUGAGUGCAAUCUUACGGCUUUAGUACAGGGUUACGUAUCAGAGAUAGAAGACCUUCGGGCUCAGUUAAUGGAAGCAAAUGCGUUGUACGAAGCUAGCAGACGACGCGAAGCAAGGACCAGACACGAUUCUUCUGUUCUCGAUACUUCUACCAUCAUUGACGAUGCGAAACGAGAACUUUAUAAGGAGAAAGAGUUGUUAGCACGCAGUAUGGGUGAAUUAGAAUUCCAACGUAAAUUAACAGAAGUGCCAGAGCCUUUUGGGGAGAGGGAACGAGCUGAAGGCGAAAGUGCUGGUGAUUCUGAACCCUCGGAAGAAGAGGAGAGUGAUUCUGAAGAGGACAAUGAGAUGAAAGGUCAACAACUCCUAACGGCGCAGCUAGCGGCCUUAAGUGAAGAUAUCGACACGAAGGCUCGAUUAGUGGACCAAUUAGAGGCAUCUCAAAGGAGAUUGGCCGCGCUGCGUACACAUUACGAACAAAGACUGGACCAUUUGCAUCAGCAGAUCAAAGCUACGGGAGAGGAAAGGGAUAAAGUUCUUGCGUCUUUGGCCUCCCAGUCAACCCCGCCCAGUGAUAAACUCAAACGUGUGAAAGAAGAAUACGAAAGACGGGUCUCCAGCAUGUCCCGAGAGUUGAGGCGACUUCAAGCAGCUCAGAGGGAACACGCCAGACUUCAGAAAUCCCAACAGCACACCGCACACCAGAUUCACUCUCUACGGAACGAGCUGCAGAAUUUGAAGCGAGAUAAGGUGAAACUAGUACAAAGGAUGAGGAUGGAAUCAAAGAGACACGCCCAAGCAGAAGCAGCUAGAGCCAAAGAAGUAGCCCAGCUACGAAAAGAAUCUCGCAAAAAUGCCAACUUAAUAAGGAACUUAGAAGCAGAGACCAAACUUAAAGAACAGGUGUUAAAAAGGAAACAAGAAGAGGUUUCACUACUCCGUCGCGGGCACAGAGAUAAACUCAGCAGUAGGGCAGCUGGGCGACUGCAUGAUCGCAAUCGUGGGCGAGCCCGUAUGACAGGCCGUGAAGUGUGGUCGCGUUUGGAAUGUUGGUUAUCCCGCGCCUGCGCAGCUCGUACUACGUUAGCAGAGUUGGAAGUGACCCUAGAACACCAGUUGAAACAGAGAGACACCGUUGGAGCCUCACAGGUCAACGACCCGGACUCGAAGGCUCUACUCGCCUACUUAAGAGGAGCUAUUGCGGAAACACAGUCGCAGAUAAUGCAGAUUGAGGAAGAGAACGAAGAAAACGAGCUCCCUCGGGUGCUGGAACAGAUAGAGUGUGAGGCUGCAAGAUACACGUUAGAGAGAUUGGCGGCUGUGGCCUUACAACACGCCCAUGAAUCGGCAAGAAAUGGCAAGACUCUUCUCGACACUCGGGCUAGACUUGCUGAGGUGGAAGAGAAAUGUGAACAGACAGCCAGUGCAUUGCGUGCCGCUGACGAAAAUAACUUGAAUCCGUGGAACAAUUCGCAAGCUUUUGCUGCUUUGUUAGCUCAUGUCUCUUCUGGUACUUCUACAAGAUCUGUCUCACCUGUUGACAGUUCGCUAUUAGACACUCGCCCUCCAGUGCUCGGUGUGAGAGAAACAAACACUGCGCCUGCGUCGCCGCCUGAUGAUAAUUCUCCAUUCCAAAGAAACACUGUACGUCGUGGGUCUGUUCGUCUGCGGGACUUAGGUGUAUACAGUCGGGAUGAGAACGUAGACCCGAUGACCCAGUCUUUAGUGGAACCGACGUCUCCAAAACCAGUGCCUCUCAGCAGAGUUCCCAGUGCGCCCGGUAGUCUCAGAGGACUACAACCAAUCAACUCACAGUUGUCAUCACCAGUAGCCAAUCGCCGAGCGCCACCCGAGAGCCCCCGGCCAAUCAGAAGACAGCACUCUUUGGCGAAACCAGCUUCUUUAGAUGCGAGUGGAGCGUCUGAGAAUACUCCACCGGCGUCUCCAAGUGCAGCAAGACGGGCGCGGGAUGAAGACGUAUUCCAAAGACUGGCUGGAGUCGCCUCUGAACAGGCGCCUACUGGGACCGUAAAAGUUCUCUCUCUUAAGCAACGCCUAAGCACAUGUGCAAUGGGCGGUGGCACAUGGCUGCAAUGUACGCACGUGGCUGAGGGUCACGUUGGGGCCGUAUCAGCUCUUGCAGCAGUGCCUAAUGCUCUAUAUAGUGGAGGAGUAGAUCGCACAGUCCGCGGUUGGGAUUUGAACGUGGGUCGGGAGGCGUGGCGAGCGUGGUGUGGGUACGGGGUCAAUGCCCUCAGCGCGGGUCAGGGCGUGACUGGACAUGACUCUAGGGUGGUUAUCGCGGCAGCCGGAUGCGCUGUCAGACUCUUUGAUACCAGGAGCAACGCACCAGUGGCUACUCUAUGGUCUUCCGGUGCAGCAGGUGCAAACCAAGCCCUAACUCGCAGCGUCGAAUCCAGUAUCACAGCAAUUGCGUUGACUGAACCACAAAUACUCUACACGGCUGCGGGAGACAAAUUACGCGUUUGGGAUUUACGAAUGCUGGAAUGCGUGUACAAGACAUGGUCAGGCCAUACAGCCCCCGUAAUGUGUAUGGUCCGAAUGUCUUUGCCCCAAUGCGAUCGUCUCGCCACGGGCUCUAAAGAUCACUGCGUACGCGUCUUUGAUUGGACACAUGUUAAUGGUGUAUGGGAAGCGAGCAACCGCCGUCUCCUGGAACCGCCCCACUACGAUGGCGUACAGGCUCUGGUGCUGCGAAACAGCUCCAGUGGAGGGGAACUGCUGUACAGCGCUUCCAGGGAUUCCAGUCUUAAGUGCUGGAGGCUCUCUGAUAACACGCUGGUUCAUAGUGUAAUGAACGCCCACAAAGGCUGGGUGACCGGCAUUUGCGGAGUGGGGGGACUCCACAACACUGGUGGGUGGAUCGCCAGUUGUGGUCGCGAUCAGGCCUUGCGUCUUUGGAGUCCCUCGCUGAAGCCGGCAGCGCCGCCUGCCCCCUUGCCGGACUUGCCUCACGCACUCGCCGCCUGCAGUGCCACCGGAUCGCUUUAUACCGCUGGAAGCGGCGGCGAAGUGCGCGCCUGGAGAGUUCUUCUCGACCCGUGAGCGACACACACAGACACAAACACACUUUCUCACACAUACACCACACAAAUUUAAACUCAUUUUUUUUUUUCAAUUUUCCAAAAUUUUUAUAACACUACACAAUUCGCUCCAAUUAUUGGCCACAAUGAAUGUUAGGUAGCGGACGCGUACGCUGCUUCCGUAUACUUGCAAACAGAUGACAUUCGGAAACCACAGGACCUUCAACACCAACUCGUCGAGCAUGGAGGUGACGGAAUUCGGAUAAAGAUAUCCAUUCCAGCAGUUCCUACUGAAUUUACUGUUUUGACUCGAAAGAUUUCGGGAUAUGACUUUCGACUAAAUAUGAUAUAAUUAAAAUAUCGUCUCGUCAAUUAAUCAAGUCUUAACAUUCCUUGUGUAUAGAGGCUCUAAAUCAAAAGACAGAUUUAUUUAAUUAAAGCGUGUACUUUUUCAUAUACGAAUUAUAGUCCAAACAUUUAAUGGCGGUAGAUCAGAAAAAACUUUUAACUCUGUCACGAUUUGGUUGAAACUCUAAUUUGAUCUCUAUUGGCUAAGGUAGUAUAAGUUGAUUGAUGUAAUAUUCGAACCUUGCUUUAUGUACUAUGUACAUUAAGCUAAAUGGCCUUCAAUAGAAAAUAAAAUUCAGGCGGUUUUUUUAUCUUAACGCCUUCGCUUAGCGAUAAACUGUGAUUAGUCCCAAAAUGAAACUUAGAUAUUAAAUUCAUAGGGUGAAAAUUUGUAUUAAUCAUUAUCUUAAUAAUAUAUAUAAAUUUAUCAAUAAUAGCGUGUUUUUAAUUUGGUUGGCGUCCUUUUGCGAACGCAAUCGUAGUUAUAUGUGACAAUUAUAUAUUCUAAUAGCCAAGCUUUUGCCAAAUUUUACGCACAAGACCUCAUUUCUUUUAUCAAUGUUUAGAACACAUCAUUAAAUCGGUCUUAUAACAGUAUUAUAACUUAACUACUCGCUGUCUCUUUCUAAUUACUGUGAUGAAAGAGACAGCCUUAGUUAAGCGUGAUAAGACUUUUAGUUUCUAACCAGUUUUUGUAUUAGAAUUUUAACUAUGUAAUCGAUAAAUAUAAGUAGAGUUGACAAAAUGUAGUCUGUGAUGGAUCAUCAAUUAUAUUUUUAUACAUUCCUGCGCUACGGGUAGAUAUAGCGAUUUUUAGAUGUAUGUUUUAUUAAUAUUUACACUCUGGAGGUGAAUUGGUAUAAUUAAUAAUAAUUUUAUAAUCUAUAAUAAAGUACCUAAUAGCUAGAGGUAUCUUUAAGACGUUAUUAGGUCAUCCUUUUGAAUACCUUUGCCCACGUCCGAAAGAAUUAAAAUAACGUCUAUUAAACAAUGAGGCUAAACUAAUAAAGACAAUUUAAAUUUCAUUGUGAAUAACCAAACAUACCUAUUUUAAACAGUAUUAUUUUUGUGUCUGUGUUCAUUUUUCUGUUUUAUCUAGAUUAUUUUUAAAGGCUAUGCUUAUUGAGUGAUUAUCUAGGUUUUAAGUUAAUGAUUUAUAUUUGUUAAGUAAAAUAUUUAGCUGGAUUUUAUUGUUAUAUGAUUUUAUCUAUAGGAAUUCAUGCAAUGCUUUUUUAGCUCGAUUGAAUCUCUUCAGCAUUAAUUACUAGUCAAGUCUAGAACGAAAUAUUUUAAAUUGUUUUAUUCGAUGAAUUUUAAGCUUAACAAUAGAUAAAAGUAAUAUCUAAGUGCAUCAGACAAUAUAUUUUUAGCGUAUCUAAUCAGUGUUAUAUUGCUAUAGAAAAUAUUAAUAAUGAAAUUAUUUUAUUCGCAAUUAUACAAUUUUCGGUUUAAUUUGCUUGUUUUGAAUUUUAUUUGGAGAAUAUGCUAAUAAAUUUGAUACAAAAUAA